AUGACAAAGAGCGAUAUCGCGGCGCGCGGUCAAAAGUCGAGAUGGCCAGCUGCGCACGCCACGGGCAGAAAGACAGGACAAGAGACGGCGACGACGAUGGCUGAGGAGACGUUGGAGAAGCUGGACCAGGAGAUCACCCUGAACUUGCAGAAGAUCGACUCCAACCUCAGCUACUGUUUCAAUCGGAUCACGAAACAGAUCAUCCCGCGCGUUACCCAGUACGGGGCAGUGUGCGAGGAGAUCAUGGACCACGCCAGCUGGCUGGGGUCGAUGUUCCAGCAGACGGGGAACGUCGAGCUGAGCCUGCAGGCGGCGGGCGGCGACAGCGCCGCCUCGCCGCCGCCCAGCGAUACGCUGUUCCCGCUCGCUGGCAGGGAGGCAGAGCAACGGGGGCCGCCGGCGGCGGCCCUCUCUGACGAUGAGGACGCGUUCCACACGGCAGACGUGGCGGCAGCCGCCGACUCGAGCGACGACGACGCCGAGGGCAGCACGCUGCAGCGCCAGCGCCGCAAGCGCAAGGUGUCGCUGCUGCUGCAGCAGGAGUUCGGCUCGAGCUCCAGCAUGGUGCCGUCGCCCGUGGCGAUCGCGCAGCGGGGCGCGGCCGCCGCGCUGCGCCCGGACUCCUCGACCACCGGCGGCUACCGGGGCAUGCUCGACAGCUCGCCCGUGAAGCAGCAGAGCACGGACCGGCAGCAGCCGGACGAGAGCACGAAGCAGGUGCCCAAGCCCGGGACGGUGAUCCACUUCUCGACCGGCGCGUAG